AUGGCGUCGUGCACCGGGAUCCAGGCUCUCCAGGCGCUCCCCGGGACCCAGGGCUUCCAGGCGCAGCUGUCGUCCAUCAUGGAUCUGCUGCUGCGCUCCGCGGUGGCUCAGAUCUCCAAACUGAUGGAGGAGAAGUGCUCCUUUCUGCACCUGGAGAUCUCCCGCAAACAAAGCGAAAACGACGCACUCCAGAACCGCGUGCGGGCGCUAGAGAGCAAGAACGCACUGCUGCAGCAAGGACUGGAGAAAUACCUGGAGCGCGGCCUCUCUGUGGGAGACAUGAAGUUUUCAGACGUGGAGAUCAGUUCUUCGUUCACAGUGAAAGAAGAGAAUCCAGACGAGUUGUGGAUCAGUGAAGCAGCUCAGACCGGUUCGGCCGCUGCCUUCGCCGCCGACUCCGACGAUCAACGCUUUGAGAAAAACUGUCGUCAAACGGACGAAGCCACGCGCUCCGAAAACCUCUCGUACGACCACAGCCUGAGCUUCAGCGUCAAAACGGAGAAGGACGAACACGGCCCCGGGUUCCGCCAGGACAGCUGCCAACACGGCGCCAAACCCGCCUCCAUCAGCGACUACUCUGUGGACGACCACAGCGGCGCCUUGUGGGAAAUCGAGUCCAGCUUCCCGGACUUCUGCAGCGUCGUGGACGAGUAUUCCAGCGCGUACUCGGAGCAGGAUGCUAAAGCUAGCAGCAUUCAGGCGUUUUACAACGAGGAAUUUACAAAAGACGCUUCGCAAAUGGCGAGUUUCCAACAAUCCUCAGGCGCCGCGCUUCUGCAGGAAAACGAACAGAGAGAUGGCGGCGUUUUUGAGCAGAGCGGCUUCAGCGCGGCGCCGGGUCUUUGUGGCAAAGUGACGCGCGGCUUCCUGUGCGCGGCGUGCGGGAAGACGUUCCCACGACUGCAGCAGCUCAAGCUGCACCAGCAGAGCCACCGCAGGAAGCGGCUCUUCUCCUGCGCCGUCUGCGGCAAGAGCUUCAUGUGUUCAUCGCAUCUGCGCAUCCACCACCGCACGCACACGGGCGAGAAGCCGUUCGUCUGCUCCGUCUGCGGCAAACGCUUCACGCAGCAGAGCAGUCUGCGCGUGCACCAGAGGACUCACAGCGGCGAGCGGCCGCACGGCUGCGCCGAGUGCGGCAAGACCUUCAUCCUCAUGCACCACCUCAAGCGCCACAAGGUCAUCCACACCUACAGCGGCUAG